GGCCACGCGGGCGGCGGCUGCUCGGGCAGGUCCGGGCAGGGCCGGGCGGGGAGCAGCGAGCCCAGCCGGGAACCCGCGCCGGAGCCCGAGCGCGGACACCGAGGCCGCGGCCCCGCCUCCUCCCCGCCCUGCGCCCGCCGCCCGCGGGUCGGCGCCCGCAGCUCGGAGCGGCGCCGGAGUCGGAGCUGGAGCCGCAGCCGGAAACCGGCCUGAGUCGGGCCCGGGGGUGAAGCCUGAUCCCGGAGACGCCCGGAGCCUGUCCCGAGCCCCGCGCGGCUCAUGGCGGGGCCGCGGGGCGCGCUGCUGGCCUGGUGCCGCCGCCAGUGCGAGGGCUACGGCGGUGUGGACAUCCGCGACCUGAGUAGCUCCUUCCGGGACGGCCUGGCCUUCUGCGCCAUCCUGCACCGGCACCGGCCCGACCUGCUAGAUUUUGAUUCGCUUUCCAAGGACAAUGUCUUCGAGAAUAACCGUUUGGCCUUUGAAGUGGCUGAGAAGGAGCUGGGGAUUCCCGCUCUCCUGGACCCCAAUGACAUGGUCUCCAUGAGUGUCCCUGACUGCCUCAGCAUCAUGACCUACGUGUCCCAGUAUUACAACCACUUCGCCGGCCCUGGCCAAGCUGGUGUCUCAUCACCUAGAAAGGCCCAGGCACCCUCCUCCCCGCCAUCCGAAGCACCUGCUGCAGCAGAACCAGAAGACAGGGUUCAGGGUGAGGAGCUGUCGUCGGGCAGCCUGUCAGAGCGGGGCGCCCAGCGGACCCCCAGUAGCACGUGUGCUGCCUGCCAGCAGCACGUGCACCUGGUCCAGCGCUACCUGGCCGAGGGCAAGCUCUACCACCGCCACUGCUUCCGGUGUCGGCGGUGCUCCAGCACCCUGCUCCCUGGAGCUUACAGAAGUGGGCCUGAGGAAGGCACCUUCGUGUGCGCGGAGCACUGUGCCAGGCUGGGCCCGGGGGGGCGGUCGGGGGCCAAGGCCGGGCCCCAUCUGCAGCCAAAGCAGCAGCAGCUUGCAGAAGAAGUCAGGGAUGUGGACGGAGGCAGCACGGGUGGUAACGCGCCCGCAGGGGCUGAGGUGGCUGUCCCCAAGGCCAGCCCCGAGGCCCGGCCCCAGAUCCCCACCAAGCCCCGGCUUCCAAGCAAACCACAGGACCUGGGCAGCGCCCCGGCCAGCCGCCCCACGCCUGCCCCGAGGAAGGCCCCCGAGAGCCCAGCCCUGACACCCCCCACGCCCCGGCCCCGGUCCAGUCUGCAGCACGAGAACUUGGCCGAGCAGGGUGGCAGCAGUGGCCUAGUAAAUGGAAGGCUGCACGAGCCCCCUGUCCCCAAGCCGAGAGGGACGCCCAAGCUGUCAGAGAGGACACCAGCCCCCAGGAAAGACCCCCCAUGGAUCACACUGGUGCAGGCAGAGCCAAAGAAGAAGCCAGCCCCCCUACCCCCGAGCAGCAGCCCCGGACCUCCGAGCCGGGACGGCAGGCAGGUGGAGAAUGGAGGCAGGGAGGAGGCAGCCCAGCAGAGCCAGGUGACAGGUGGCCCGGAGCCCAAGCCCUACAACCCCUUUGAGGAGGAGGAGGAGGACCCCUCAGCUGCACCCAGCCUGGCCGCUGGCCCUGCCCUGGCCCAGUCGGCCGAGUCCACACCCAAGUCCCUGCACCCCUGGUAUGGCAUCACCCCCACCAGCAGCCCCAAGACGAAGAAGCGCCCUGCCCCCCGCGCGCCCAGCGCGUCCCCACUCGCUCUGCACACUGCCCGCCUGUCACACUCAGAGCCGCCCUCGGCAACUCCGUCACCAGCCCUCAGUGUGGAGAGCCUGUCCUCUGAGAGCUCCAGCCGGACCCCCUCUGGGGAGCUUCUGGAGACCCCAGUUGUGCCCAAGAGCUCCUCAGAGCCUGCAGUCCAUGCCCCUGGCACCCCUGGGACCUCUGCCAGCCUCUCUGCCGACUCCUCCUCCCUGUCCUCCUCUGGGGAACUGGUGCAGCCCAGCGCAGACCAGACACCUCAGGCCAGCCCUGGCCUUGCCCCUGGUACUAGGGGCAGCCCGGCUCCCCAGCCAGCCAAGCCCUGCAGUGGUGCUGCCCCCACCCCUCUCUUACUGGUUGGAGACAAGAGCCCCGUGCCUUCCCCUGGAACCUCGUCCCCGCAGCUCCAAGUAAAGUCUUCCUGCAAGGAGAACCCUUUUAACCGGAAGGCGUCACCCACAGCAUCCCCAACCACAAAGAAGACCACCAAGGGAUCCAAGCCAGCCAGACCACCUGCCCCAGGACACGGCUUCCCGCUCAUCAAGCGCAAGGUCCAGGCCGACCAGUACAUCCCCGAGGAGGACAUCCACGGAGAGAUGGACACGAUCGAGCGCCAGCUGGAUGCCCUGGAACACCGUGGGGUCCUGCUGGAGGAGAAGCUGCGGGGCGGAGUGACUGAGGGCCGUGAGGACGACAUGCUGGUGGACUGGUUCAAGCUCAUCCACGAGAAGCAUUUGCUGGUGCGGCGGGAGUCUGAGCUCAUCUAUGUUUUCAAGCAGCAGAACCUGGAGCAGCGCCAGGCGGAUGUGGAGUACGAGCUCCGCUGUCUUCUCAACAAGCCAGAAAAGGACUGGACAGAGGAGGACCGGGGCCGAGAGAAGGUGCUGAUGCGGGAGCUCAUGACCCUCAUCGAGCAGCGCAACGCCAUUGUCAACUGCCUGGAUGAGGACCGGCAGAGGGAGGAGGAGGAAGACAAGAUGUUGGAAGCCAUGAUCAGGAGGAAAGAGUUCCAGAAGGAGGCUGAACCCGAGGGCAAGAAGAAGGGGAAGUUCAAGACCAUGAAGGUGCUGAAGCUGCUAGGAAACAAGCGGGACACCAAGAGCAAGUCCCCAGGGGACAAGAGCUAACAGCGAGGGCAACCAGCUGGGACUUCCACCCCCCCCCCGGAGCACGGAGCCCUUGGGCUGUGCUCUGCUGGGGGGGCACCCUGCUUCCCAUUGGGAUCAGUCCCGGGGAAAGAUGACGUCACGGGAGGGGGCCUCUGGGUGACAGCCUCUCCCUCCUCAGGGUCCUCUGGCUGGUCUGGGCCAAAGAAUUUUCUUCCCUCUUCUCGGGGCCGCACGCAGCUGUGGCUCAGCCCUGCCCGGUCUGGUUCUCAUGACUCUGGAUGCUGUGACUGACCCAAGGAGCAAGCAGGGCCCUGGGUCCAGGGCGCGGCGGGGGCUGAGCACCCCUGCCUUGCGUCCCACCCACCGCCUGCCGUGACGGGCAGCCCCUGGGUCCCUCUUCCCUUCUGUACCAUGUCCAGAUGGGAUUGUUGGCUGGCAAAGUUCUGACCCGAAGUUCCUUCCACUCACGCCGUCUGCCCGUGGUGGACCUCUGGCCCGGGUCUCCUGCCUUCAGGGCUCUGCUGCUCUUGGCAGGCCGCGAGCCUGGCUUGGCCGCCCUGGCUUCUUCCCGCCCCAGCCCUGGCUCCGAGUCCCCCUUUUCCUUCCAGUGCAGGUGGCCCUGAAUCUGUUUCUCCUCAUUCAGGAGCUCUAUUUAUGAAGUCUAAUUAGGUUUGAGCUUGUUACUGUGUCCUCAGACACGAAUGGGCCUGAUGGACAAAUGCCUCCCUCUGUCCCUCAAAGCUCUAGGAGGUGCUUCUCUUGUCCCCGCUCAUUCCAUCGGAAACCUCAGCUCCCAGGAAUGGGGGCUGGGUGGCCGUGCUGGGCUGGGUGGGUGCCCUAGAGCUGAGUCCCCAGGGAGGGCCUCUGGGAGACAGGCCCCAGGGGCAGUUCUGGUCCCUGAGCGUCAGCGGAGGGAGCUGUGCUUCAUGGAGGUGCUAAUCCUGGUUCCUUACCACGCUGUAGUCUGACCCCUCAUUUAGACUUGCCCCCCGCCACCCCAGGGUUGGGGGAUGGUGGACCCGUCCCUGGGUAUGGUCAUCACCAGUCUGUCUUCUCACACUUGACUGUUGUCCGCUCUCUCCCGACCUGUCCCCCCGAAGGACUGAUGGCCACUCACCCCUCUGAUGGCCACAGGAGAGGAGGAGCCGAUGGGGACAUUUGCCUUUUCCCCAGGGAAUGUGUCCAGCAGCCCCCGGUCAAAGCCCUGUUGGUAUAAGCUAUCUCUGGGGCGCUCUAGGGCCCCCUCCCUCAGCACCCCUCUGGGGAGAGUACGCACUGUAUUAACUCGCGAGGAUUUUCCUCACCAACAAUAAAUGGAGACCACCUCAGUUGCCAGUGCCCCGGAGCCUCGGGCGCUUUGCCCUCAGCCGGGUCCGCCUUCUUCCCUGCCUCCGCCAUGCCCCGUGGCCGGGCCGCUCUGGUCGCCCGGGAGAGGGCGAGUGGGGCUGUCCACGGCCAGGGGCCUUGGCCUCCAGGGCCUGCCAGUGGGCAGGACUCCUCCUCUGCCGGGAGGGGCAGCUCCCGCCCCUGCACAGCCCCUGGUGGUCUCCUUCCAAACAUGCCCGUUGACCUGGAGCUGGUCAGCAACCUCAAAGGCUUUCAGGGCCAGGCAGGUCACACACCUAACCAGGCUAGGUGUAACCUGAGGGGUGGCUCUGGCAGGCUGUCUUGUGUCUGGAGACUCAGGUAGCGGGGCCUGAGGUGAACUGGGGUAUCUGUGCCCCAACUCAAGGGGGAAGUUCUUCCUUCCUUAAGUCACUGUAGCCUGUGGGAAUGCGGGCCCAGUGUGGCCAGAGCUUUCCAUUUUUCAAAAGAAGCUAGAAAUCCAGAUUGUGUGUGUGAUUUGUAAGUGUUGGCAACUAAUCUGAAUUUAAAUCAAGGGUAGGCUGUGUUGUCACGGGUGGGCCCAAGGUGUCCUGGGCUUCUCCAGUCUGCUGCCUCGGAGCUACAUGAGGGGGCCUUGGAGGUGGAGGAGAGCUGUCCUCACCACGGUGUAGCCUCUGCCCUCAGGUUCUGGAGGGUAUGUGACACAGGCUUCCCAUGGAAAUGGCCCUGAACCAGCCCUUGAUCUGGCCCCUUCCGCUUACCUGUUCGAAGCUGUGGGGCCAUGUUUGCUCUGCAGCCCCAAACUUGGGUCAUGUGGCCUGUAGGAUUACACGAAUCCCUCCAGGUGGGAGUGUUGGUUGAAUUUUCCAAACUGUUUUGAUGUAUGGGGAUAGGGAAGUGAGAGACUCCUGGAGAGUGCAGGGCUCGUGGUUGCCAGAAGACAUGGGGACUUCCGUGUGGUCCCAGGGCUGCCUCCCUAGCCCUCCGAGGCAGGGCCCCACCCGUGAGCAGUCGGAGCUGAGGCUGUGGUGCUGCUCAGCCUCCCAGGGCACAGGCUGGGAUUGGAGCUCCAAAGCCACGCUCUUUUGGUCUAACUCUCUCCCACCUUUGUGUUUCUGUGGGCUGGGGGGUUCGUGGAAAGCCCGAGAACUAACUUUUAACCCUGAGUGGGCUCCUUGCCAGUUGAAUGACCUUAGUGACAGUGUCUUGGAGAGCCUCAGGUUUCACACAGGGAGAGCAAACCGUCAUCGGAGGGUUUUACUGAGAGAAUGAACCAAGUGAAAUUCAGCCCGACACAGUGCCCGGCCUUGGGGUGUUCAAGAAGUGUUGGUUCUCAUUUCCACUUGAGAUCUGCAAACAGCUAAAACACAUCUGUGCUUGAAAAAUUCUAACUCCUUGAACAAAUAAGUCUAUCCUUCUGAAAACAAAACAGUGUAUGUAAUGACCUACGUUAAAUGUGUCUUACUGGCCAAUUAAUCAUGUGGUUAAACAUUUGCCUAAGGCUGUAAGAAGUCAAAUAAGUAGGUCCUAAGGCAAGGAGGAAGGAAGGAAUCGUAUUCAUUCUGAAGUUCUGAAAACAUGUAGGACACACAGCGGGUGUUGGGGCAGGGGAGGAAGAGGCCCAUUGGAUGCCCUCGGACACACAC